CGGAAGAAUAGAAGCAGUUGAACACUUCAUCUACUUAGGACAGAGAAUAGGGAGAGAUGGACAAUGGGGAGAGAUUACUAGAAGAGUGGCAAUAGGUUGGUCAAUGUUCAAGAAAUACAGCUAUCUCUUCAGAUCUAAUAUUUCCAUGGAAAGCAAGAGACGCCUACUUCAAACAUGUAUUCUACCAGCAAUUCUAUACGGCUGCGAAACGUGGACUCUCAAUGAGAAAAUAAUCAAGAAACUCAGAACAAGGCCAUAUCGCAAGGACAACGGAUGGAAGAUGGACCAAAACAAUACUCGACUGGCACCCACGCACGCUGAGCAGAAGCAGAUGAAGGCCUCCGUACAGAUGGGACGAAGAAUUCAGGAGAGUAUGCGGCGGAGCGACGUGGCAGAGAGUAGCAAGAGGAAGGAUGGAAUGGGAGAGAAUGAAAAACGUAUUCAAACAAGUCUGGCUCUACAAGGAUUUAAAUGAAGGAGAUGAAAGAAAUCUUUACUAAAUGCACUCGUACAACACUUUAUCCUUCUAUGGAAAAGGAUAAUUAUACCCCAGCA